GGAGCCUGUCCCAAUCGGCGCUCGCCAUGGCCGGCCACGCGGCCAUGGGAAGGCCAUGGAGACGUGGACAGAGGCAUUGGAGCUCGUGGUGCUUGCCUUGCGUUCCAGGAGCGAGCAGGCGCAGGUCAGCUACAGCACCAGCAUCCGCCAGCUGGGGCGGCGGGUUUGGCGCCAGGGGCUUCGACAACUGCGAUAUCUUCAGGAAGCGGCUGAGACCCCCAACCACGUCACCUACAGCGCCGCCCUCGCCUGCUGCACUUGGCACCGAGCCCAGCACCUCCUCUGGGCCUGGCCCAGUGGAGCGCGCGACGGCGCCAUGUGCAACGCCGUGGUCAGCGCCUGCCAGGCCGAGAGUCAAUGGCGGCAGGCGCUUCAGGCGCUCAGCAUCGCGCAGGUGGCCGGUUUGGAGCUCAGCGUGAUCUCGUACACUGCCGCCAUGGGCGCCUGUGGCAGAGGACAGGCUUGGGAGCUCACAGUGCAGCUGAUGCGGAAGAUGGAUUACGCAGUUGUGAGGCCCAACGAUUUCACCUACAGCACGGCGAUUUCCGCCUGUGAACGAUGCAGCCAGUGGCAGCAGGCGCUGCAGCUCUUGGACAAUGAUCCGAACCUGGUCACGGUGAACGCGGCCAUCAGCGCCUGCGAAAAAGCGGGGCAGUGGCGCAAGGUGCUGAGGCUUUUGGAGGAGCUUCCAGGCCGCUCCCUGCGCGCAGAUGAGAUCAGCUACAAUGCCGCGCUCAGCGCCCUGGAGAAGGGCGGGCAGUGGCAGAGAGCCCUGCAGCUUCUUGAGCUGGUGGAGAAUCAGAAGAUGGAGCUGUGCGUCAUCUCGUACAGCGCUGCCAUCAGCGCCUGCGAGAAGCGUGGGGAGUGGCGCGUUGCCCUGCAGCUUCUGGAGGAGAUGCUGACGCGGCAGCUCCGCGCCGACGUCAUCGCCUGCAGCGCGGUAAUCAGUGCCUGUGAAAAGCGCUCGCACUGGCAGCAAGCAGUCUUCCUGCUGCAGGAGAUGAUUGAGAGUCGUUUGCAGACGGAUGUGGUCAGCUUCAAUGCCGCCAUCAGCGCUUGUGAAAAGGCUGCGUGGCCUUUGGCGCUGCAACUCUUCGCUGCGAUGCCGCGAUGCCGGCUUUUGGCCGAGGUGAUGUCCUUCUCCUCCGCCAUCAGCGCCUGUGACAAGGCGAAGCGCUGGGUGGAUGCUUUGGGCCUGCUGGAGGCCUGCGAGCGGCCGAACCUGGUCAGCUACAACGCGGCGCUGGCUGCCUGCGCAGGCCAAUGGCAGCACGCCGUGAGCCGGCUUUUGCGCCUGCAAGCAGACGGUUUCCAGGGAGAUAUGAUCACCUUGGACCUCCUUUGUGGUAUCUUUGAGGAAGCGGAGUUGGGCCUAGCCUUGAGGGGCGCUCUGCACCAGGUGGAUGCUGUGGGCAUGUCUUCCGCCAGAAUUGCAAAGAGCUUUGCAGCGCCGCCGCUCCUGGGCUUGCCCUCGGAGUGGCAAGUGCCCUCCAUCAGCUCCUGCUGCAGGGCCAUCAGCCUUUGCCGGAGAAGCGAGGACUGGCAAGGUGCCAUCGCCUUGGUCUCGGAGGCACAAGACGCCGGGGGUUUGGGCGGCGGCGCCAUCGUGGCCAGCGCCGGCGUCAGCGCCUGCGGCCCGCGCUGGCGCGCGGCGCUGGCCUUGGCGGAGCCAUGGCAGGCGGACGUGGUGGUUUGCAACGGCGUGAUGAGUGCCUGUCACAAGGGCGCUCAGUGGCACGCAGCCCUGGACAUCUUCCAUCACCUCGGUGCGAACCGCUUGGAGCCCACGGUGGUCACCCGGGGUGCUGCCAUGAGCGCCGCCAGCCGGGGCAGCUUGUGGCCAUGCGCCCUGUCCCUCUUCGACGCCGGCAGUCUGGUGGCCUGGGGGGCGGCGCUCAGCGCCUGCGAAGCGGCCAGAGACUGGCGCCGGGGGCUGAAAAUGCUGCGAAGCCUGCAGGCCUUGGAGCUGCUGGGGGCCUCGGGGUCCAGGUCGGCGGUGAGCUUCGGCGCAGCCAUCGCGGCCUGUGAGAAGGCCAGCGCCUGGCAGGAGGCCUUACAGCUUCUCAGCGAGCUUGGCCAAGACCUUGUUGCCUCCAGCGCUGCCAUCUCGGCUUGCGCCAAAAGCCAGGAGAGUGGCAGCAAGCCCUGCUCGUGUUUGAGGAGGCAGCCAGUGCUUGCCAGCUGGACUUGA